ACAGAAAUUCAUAAACUCGCGCUACUCAGAGUGAAAUGUUUCUUUGUUUCAUUCCUUCGCUUUCAUCUGUUUUUCCCCUUUUGCUUGUAAAAGAGAGAUUGUUGUUUCUAAAUAUUGAAGAACCUCGAUCAUUGUUUUGACAAUUGACAAUACCUAAUAGGACCUAGAUUUUAUUCGUUGUUUUCAUCUCAGUAGAAACUACACAGGUCAAAUAACCUCGUUAUUACAGUGUUCCAGUAAAACUAAAAUCAAAAUUGCAAAAUAGAUGUGAGUGUACAAAACACUUCUCUGUGAUCUUUUGGUUUAAGAAGCCAGAAGCCUAGAGCUGCCACGGCUCACCAAUGAUAACUGCACGAGAGGAGCGUUGAAGCCGCGCCACCGCAAGAGCCGCCACGCGAGAGUCGCCGCCGAGUGACCACGAGUAACAUCGACGCCGUGAGAAGUCGACUUCUCCCUUGGCGCCGCCGCGAGAGGUUCCACCGUGAGGACUAUAGGCUUCUCUCUUGCCACUGUGAGAAUCUGCAUCGCGGGACUCGCCACUUCCACGCGAGUUGCGAUUUUCAACGCGGAUCCAACAAAAACGCGACUUUCAGGUGAGCUUAGCGAAUAUGGAAUGUGUGGUUCAGGGAAUUAUAGAGACACAGCAUGUUGAGGCUUUGGAGAUUCUUCUUCAAGGACUAUGUGGUGUUCAGAGAGAACGAUUGAGGGUACAUGAAAUAUGUCUCAAGAGUGGUCCACAUCUGGGCAGUGUAACCUCAGAGGUGCGACUCCUGUGUGACCUAGAGCAAGCUGAACCUUCGUGGACUGUUAGACAUGUAGGUGGUGCAAUGAGGGGUGCAGGUGCAGAGCAAAUUUCUGUUCUGGUUAGGUCAAUGGUGGAAAGCAAAACAAGCAAAAAUGUUCUUCGUUUGUUUUAUACACUGGGGUACAAAUUAGAUCAUGAGCUUCUGAGGGUGGGAUUUUCCUUCAAUUUCUACAGGGGUGCACAAAUCACUGUAACAGUUUCAUCAAUCAAUAAAAUGCUGAAGUUGCAUGCAACUGACGAGGCGGUGCCAGUAACACCCGGUAUACAAAUGGUGGAAGUAACAGCACCUGCAGCUGCUGAAACCUACACUGAAGUUGCUGCUGCUGUGUCAUCCUUCUGUGAAUACCUUGCACCCGUGUCAAGGACUGCACUCCUUCAUCUCCGGUGUGUCUGAGAGCAUGGCCGCGUUUAAACGCCAUUUUUGUUACCUAUCGGAGCUUCGCAGCUUCACAUAGAUCAUUGAUAUAUUUAACUCUUCGGUGUGAAUUUCGCAGGCUACUCCACCUAUCCAAACCAGGCAUUUCAACCGGUGUUGUACCUACUGCUGCUGCAGCUGCUGCAUCUCUAAUGUCUGAUGGUGGGGGCACAACAUUGUAGUGAGACUGUACUGUUACUUUACAAUCACACUUUAUGUACAUCACUUGCUUAAUUGCUUCAAAGACACGUCAACGUAAAUUUUCACUUCACAGUCGAAAUAUGCCGUCUCUUGCUUCAUGAUCUAUAAUUUGGUAUAGAACAAUGUGAUUGUUUCAAGCUAUUGGAAGUAGGAAUAGUGUCAUGUUUUAUUCGUAAGAGAAGAAAAGAAACAGAUGCGUGGCUAAAUGUUUAAUAUGCUAAAUUUUCAAAUGUCCAUGCUUCAUUACAUACGUUUCUGUUCGUCAAUAUCGCCAUGAUUUUGUACUUAUGCCCUAGCUUUCUUUCCUAAAUUGUGAUCUCUGUAAUUCAAAAGGAAUUGAAGAUUAUAAAGACCUAUGAUGCAUUGAUUCUUC